CCGAUUCUUUCAAUGUCACCUUGUGUCCCCAAAACCCCACCAUUGCCACCACGCUGAAGCAAACCCUAAAUGAGAAUGCAUUGAAUUUCUAGCAUACUCUUAGAAAUCCGUCUGGAAAUCUUUAUGGCAGCUCCUAAUCACCAGCUGAACAAGAUUUCCUCCGCCUUACCAGUACUCCCUCCGACGUUUCCUUCACAUCAUCCCACCAGAAAACGCCUUCCCGACGGAUCCUCAUCGAAUUCGACGUCAUUUGAAUCAACCUCUUUGGAUCAGUUAUCCAAGAGAAUAACCCGAGCCCUGCCCAAUUUUUCAGACUGUCAUGGUUGCCGGACUCGGGUCAACCACACAAAACCGAAGGAUCGACUACAAACGCUAGAUAGCUAUUGGCGGAUUGUCCUCCUCUGCAAGAAGUGCAUCCAUUUAGUCAACUGUGCACAGAUAUGUUCUUACUGCUUUAAAGAAACGGUGAACUUGGAUUGUUUCUCAUGCAGCCGCUGCGGAAGGUGCAUCCAUAAGAACUGCGUGGUUAGGUAUGAUAGUUCUAGCCCAUGGUCUUAUAGCUGUAAGGAGAGAGAAACAGUAUUGGACUUCUCCGUUUGUGUAGAUUGUUGGAUUCCUAAGUUGCUUAAGAAUUCAAACUCGUCUAGGAGUGUUGAGAAAGCAUUGUCAAAAUCCCGUGCUACUAGGAAUAGCUCCAAGCCUUCUUUGAAUGAUUAUGAUGCUAAUUUACUAACGUGUAAAAAUGAUUUGAAAUCUGAUGCCAAUAAGAAGAUUUUGUUUUCCGCAAAAGAAAAAGGGAAGGCCUUAAGAAGUGUGAUGGAUAUGACACAGAGUUUGUCAGAACUGCCUGCUAAUAAUGAAGCAGAUGAUAACAUAAACCAGGGGUUGAUUGUAAGAAAUAGUAUAACUUGCAGCAGCUGCAGCAGUACAGAUGCUGCUAGUGCGAGCAAGUACACGUACAAUGCAGAGUUGGCUUUUGAAUUGCAUUGUUCCACAAAUGGUUUUGCCCAGGUUUCAAAAGAUUCACACUUGACAAACACAAACUAUUUACCUGUUCUAAAUGCUAGAGAUUGCAACUAUGUAGAUAGUAAACCGGUAGAGUUAGAAAAAACUCCUAAGUAUGGUGAAGGCAGGGAGAUUGUGGUUUACAGAAGAAGACUGCGAGAAAAAUGUGAUCUCAGCAUUUCAGAAGGUUCAGUUUGUGCUAUGGACAAAGACAAUAGUUCAUUUGAUUCGGGAAGACAUGAACUGAGAACCUACAAGCGUACUAGGCUCAAGAGGAAAGAACUCCAAGAAAAUGAAAGGAAUGAUUUAUUCUUCCGUGUGGAUGGAAUGUGCAAUUCUGACUAUGACAGUAGAGUUGUUUUGGAAGCUCAGUCUAUUCCGCCAGAUUAUUUGACUAAAGAGUCACAUCUGUAUCAAGUUAGCAUUCCAUCCCCAGCCCAAUGUGAUGGAGUUGUUACCUUGCAGACUGACAAGGAGGGCCAUUACAUGUUAAAGUACUCCCGAAGGUGUAUGUCUUCAAAACCUGGGUUAGAUGAUGCAGUGAAAUGCUACGAAAAGGUUUCCUCUCAGAGUGACAAGGAGGACCGUUACAUGAUAACAUACUUCCGAAGGUGUAUACCUGCGAAGCCUAAGUUAGACAAUCAAGUAAAGUGCGAUGGAAAGGUUAUCUUGCAGAGUGACAAGGAGGACCGUUACAUGUUAAAAUACUCCCGAAGAUGCUUAACCUCAAAACCAGGGUUAUAUGAUGAUGAAGUAAAGUGUGAUGGAAAGGUUACCCCGCAGAACGAGAGCUGCAAUGGUAAGGACUACUACAAAUUCAAAUAUUCCAGGAGGCACAGAGGUAAUCCAUUGUAUCACGAGUUACCUUUGAGUGAAGUGAUAGUCCCAUGCCAGGUGGAGUGUGAUGUCAAGGUUACUUCACAGUACGAGAGCUGCAAUGCAGGGGAUGACCGCUACUCCCUAAAAUACUCCAAGAGGUGCAUAGACAAGGCUAACUUGCGGAAAGAUACAAAUAAUAUGGACAGCCAUUACUUGAUAAAAUACUCCAAGAGGCAUGCUUGCUCUAAGGAGGGGUUGGAUCAUAAUAUCAGUAUGUGUGAUGCUUUGGUUCUUGCAGAAUAUGACCCUUGAUCACGUACAAGUCGUUUGCAGAACCCAGGACGUCGUCUAAUGCUUCAAUGAUAUCCUCUUGGUGUAUAUUCUUGAGUUCGUAGUAACAUUUUUUCCCUGAGAAUGUCUAAGUAAAUAGGUAAAUAGUUCUUGCUUCUCAUAUAAUAUCUUGUUGUUGUUGUAAUAAGCUUUAGGUGCGAUAGUAUAUGCGCUCCGAAGUGUUGAUAUUCAUUUAAGGUUGUUUAUCAAGCUGCAAAUUUCUAUAUAGGUAUAUUAGAGGGGCAUUGUAUGUUCAUUAGGAGAAAGGGGUGAACCUAACUUUAGACUGUGUAUAUUGAGAAAAGUGACUGGAUUCUAAACAGUUUAAGUGUAAUUUAAUCUACGAAAGAUCACGAGAAGAUGAGUUUCUCCACCCCCAGCCAAUAAUAAAGGAAUAAAAG